ACCCCGUCGCCGCCGCCCCCCCUUAAACCCUCGCCCUCCCGCUCCGAACUCCCCCCACGAUGGCGCACGCCUUCGGCUGCGGCGCCGCCACCGGCCCCGCCGGGGUCGGUCUCCUCCACCGUGAGAAGGCUGGGGCGCUGUCCGGUGGCCUCCCCGCUGCAGGCGCCGCGGUUCGAGCCCAGCGACCCGGCGGGAAGGGCAGCAAAGGCAAAGCUAUCAGGUGUGCAAGUGGAAGUGAGCAUGGUGGAAUUUCAACUGCAACAGCUACUAGUAGUGAUCAGAAGAAUGGUGGACUGCGUGGGAAAUUAAAUAAAGUUGUUCUAGCUUACAGUGGUGGUUUGGAUACAUCGGUUAUCGUUCCAUGGCUCCGGGAGAACUAUGGUUGUGAAGUUGUCUGUUUCACUGCUGAUGUUGGCCAGGGUGACAUUGAAAUGGAAGGACUGGAGAAGAAGGCCAAAGCUAGUGGUGCAAGCCAGCUUGUUGUGAAGGACUUGAAAGAAGAGUUUGUUAGCGAGUACAUAUACCCCUGCCUGCGUGCUGGUGCAGUUUAUGAAAGGAAGUAUCUGCUGGGGACUUCAAUGGCUAGGCCUGUUAUUGCCAAGGCUAUGGUUGAUGUUGCGAAGGAAGUUGGCGCAGAUGCAGUUGCUCAUGGAUGUACUGGAAAAGGCAAUGAUCAGGUUCGUUUCGAGCUUACAUUCUAUGCUUUAAACCCUGAACUUAAAGUAGUGGCACCUUGGAGGGAGUGGGAUAUCACAGGGCGUGAAGAUGCUAUUGAGUAUGCAAAGAAACACAAUGUGCCAGUUCCUGUUUCAAAGAAAUCAAUAUACAGCCGUGAUAGAAAUUUGUGGCACCUUAGCCAUGAGGGUGACAUUUUGGAAGAUCCAUCAAAUGAACCAAAGGAAGAUAUGUAUAUGAUGUCUGUUGCACCAGAAAAUGCACCCUCAAAACCUGAGUAUUUGGAGAUUGGUAUUAUUGCAGGUGUUCCCGUUUCCAUCAAUGGAAGAGAUCUAUCACCAGCAUCUCUCCUUGCCAAGCUCAAUGAAAUUGGUGGAAAGCAUGGUAUUGGGCGCAUUGAUAUGGUUGAAAAUCGCCUCGUAGGAAUGAAGUCCCGUGGUGUCUACGAGACCCCCGGUGGCACCAUCAUGGCAGCUGCUGUCCGUGAGCUUGAGGCCUUGACUUUGGACAGGGAGACCAUGCAGUGGAAGGACAUGCUUGCCCUCAAAUAUGCUGAACUUGUCUAUGCCGGCCGUUGGUUUGACCCGCUCCGUCAAUCCAUUGAUGCGUUCAUGGAGAAUAUCACUGCUACAACAACUGGCUCCGUGACUCUGAAGCUGUACAAGGGCUCGGUAAACGUUGCAUCCCGGAAGAGCCCAAAUAGCCUGUACAGGGAAGACAUCUCCUCAUUUGAGAAUGGGGAGAUCUACAACCAGGCUGAUGCUGAAGGGUUCAUCAGGCUGUAUGGUCUCCCUACCAGAGUCCGUGCAAUGCUGGAGAAGGGCAUCUAAGCUCUAUUUUUGCUUUAAACUACAUCUGUGCUUGGGAAAAUGUUAUGGAUUGACGAGUAGCACCAGACAAAUGGGCCUCAUGCAGUGUCUACAGGUAGGACGCUGAAUACUUUCCGAGUUAUUUGUCAGUCUUAGCGUUCGAAAGCUUAAAUUGCCGUCUCAAUUCUCAGCUGCAACUUUCGGGAAGUGUUGAAUGAUCUUGUAAUGAAUAAUGGCUGCAGUCCACUGUCUAAACUGCAAUAAGAGAAUGUCUCGUGUGGUGAAUGCACAUCUGCAUCCAAUCAGUACUGGAUGUUGUGUUCGGAUUCUGUAAUCCAUGUGCUUUUACGUACCUUAUACUAGAGACGUCUCACUUUGCUGGUA